AUUUCUUAGACAAUAUGACUAUGUUUUUAAUUUUUUGUGUGUUUUUUAAAGCACUAAUCCUCAUAAAAAAGUAAAUAUUUUUCUGUUCCUUCUUACAGCUUUUUCACAAGGUUUUACAUUCUUGAUUGCACCUAUUAGCUGCCUGAGGAGAAUCAUUACAAUUUACAGUAAUUUAAUACUAAAAAUAAUUUUAACAAUGCAUGUUAUCUGCUACAUAAGAAAGUAAUUAAAAAAAAAUGGAAAACAGUGGUAUGCCUUAUACAUUCUAAACGGCCCAGCAGAACAUUUAAGCACAUGUGAAUAGCAGAACAGAAAUGAGCACCACAGCAUAAAAUUCAGAACUCCCAUGUUGUGCUUUCAGAUCAUGGGGACCACAUCUGCAGUCCUGAAGCAGGUAAUAUGUAAAAUCUAGUGGGAAGUGUUUUGAACUGAUCAGUUAAGAAUGUCAUGACCGGAAAGUAGCAAAUGUGGGCCUGGCCUUGUCCUUGAGGCAUUUAACUGAGGGCUUGCAGACUGAGACUUGUCUUCUAUACUCAGAUGUCUCCAGAGGUCAAACCACGUCAUGAACAGCUCGUGCAAUCUUCACCUCUCUCUCUAAGUCUCUGAUGUUAGGUCAGCUGAACGUGGACUAUAAUUCCUCAUCUUUGAAAAGAAGAAAAGUGACCUAACCAACCACAGACCCUGAAACCUGGUCUCAGUCUCACUACAAAGCUUUGGAAAAACUCAAAUUUGCUGUAUUAGUUCCCGAAAACAUUUGAUAUGGUAUCACGUGGGAAGGAAUGAGCAUAUUUGGGUUAGGAGAGAAACUGAUAAAUGAGAUAGCCACAAAUAAGGUUGAAAAGAAAGAUGUCAGGCUUAAAGGGUUUGGUUUAGGAGGUCUUAUUUGAUAUUUUUGUAGUAGUGCUGAUAAAAUCAGUAAGAGUAUGGUCAUGAAAUUUGGAAAUUAGAUAUAUUUAAGAAUCACCAUAAAUGUGCUGCUUUUGGUUGGGAUGGAGUUAAUUUUUUUCACAGUGACUCAAAUGGGGCUGUGGUUUGGAUUUGUGCUAAGAAGAGUGUUGAUAAUGCAGGGAAUUUUUAGUUAUUGCUGAGCAGAGCUUGCAUGGAGCCAAGACCUUUUCUACUCCUCACCCCACUCCACCAGUAAGUGGGCUGUGAGUUUAUGGGAAACUGGGAAGGGACAUUUGGUCCCUGGCCCCAGCUGACCAAAGCAUAUCCCAUACCAUGUAGCAUCAAGAUCAGUAAAAAAGGCCAGGGAAAGAAGAAGGGAGAACAGUUCAAAGUCAUGGUGUUUGUCUUCCCAAGUCACUGUUACGUGUGACAGGGCCCUGCUUAUCUGGAGAUGGCUGAACACCAGACCGCCCAAGGGAAUUUGUGAAUGAAUUUCUUGUUUUGCUUGGUUUGCUGCACGGCUUCCACAAGUUUUCUCACUUUGGCACUUCCAAUUCUUUCCCCCAUCCUGCUAGUGAGCGAGUGAGGGAGCAGCUGCAUGGUGCUUAGUUUCCAGCUGGGAUUAAACUACUACAAAAAGUAUCUCAGGAGAUGGAUUUCAUUUAGGUAUUAAGGUCAUUGUGUAAGGCCCUGGUAAAAUCUCAUUUGGGGUACUGUGAAAACCAAAUCAAUUGUUCUACAGCUGAGCUAAUGAUGAACUAAGAGAGGGCUAGAGGGAAGUUGGGUUCAUCACCAGAGACCUUGAGAGCCUUUCAAAAGAACAGAUCUUAGGAUGGCUCAGCUUGUUUACUGCAAUAAUACAAAACCAGAGAGGAGACACAAGUGGUAUCUAUUAAUAUAUCAGAAAAUAAACAUGAAGGAUAAAAAGCAUUUAAAUAAAGGGGAAAGACACAAGAACAAACAGAUAUGUACUAUUCAGUAAUAAAUAUAUCAGGAAACCAGAAUAAUGUUUGUAGUAAUUACUGCAAUUGACUAAUGAAACUGCUUUUCCGUGGAAUUAGUGGGAACAAAAAUAUUUCUAUUUUUAAUAUGGCACUUGAUAAAUAUAUGAAGUGAUUGUACAACAAAGGUUUUUUUUUUGUAGUGGCAGGGAACUAAUCCCUGUCAUUCAGGAGGAUCUUCCUGUUCUGUGUUACCAUGCCAAUUCAUAGUACAAACAGCAGAACAUUUUGUCCAGAUUUGUGAUUAAUAAUAUGGGAACAACCUGUCAGUUUUUUCUGAAUAGUAGACAAGGUUCAGAAGUCCUUAUGAAUGCAACAGUUAGAUUGCAUUACUGUGACUGCAGUAAAGCAUAUGAUGUCAGCAUUCUAUAGAAAAGAACAGAAAGAAGGAAAUAAGCAAAAGAACUUUUAAGUGAGAUGAAAAAAGCCCAGGUAAGUUGUAGAUAGUUCUUCAAGGAUCAAGUCACAGGCCCAGAACCCUCCUUGGAUACCAGCACAAGUAUGUAUCAAAUUACAUCCUGGUUUUGUGCUGUGUUAUGCUUUUGUGGUACAUAGUGUUUGAAUUUAGUCCUUACAACCGUUAAGAGCAGCCUGGUCUGAAGCUGGUCCACUUAGCAGAGCCUUAAAGUCAGUGUGCUGCACUUCCUUAAUGUGCAGCAGUUAAUGUGUUAAUGUGUUAAUGCGUGGACUGGCCCAGAGGUGCCAGCAGAGCUACUAACCAGUGUUAACUGAUGUCAUGUAAUCAGUCCACAACUUGACCUCAAAAAAACAGAAAUAGAGAAAUCUGGUCUCCUAUAUGUUAUGAGUUGAAGGUAUUGAAUUUUUUGACAUAACACUAGAUUUGUUUCAACAGAGAGCAAGUUUAUGCCAACAAGCUCAUGCCAGCAGGGAAUUAAGCAACAUUUUAUUUGAAAUGUGGCAUUAUGCAUUUUCUAGAUCCUUUAAUAACAUUAAGUGACUCGUCACACAUACAUGAUGCUAAGAAUUACUGAAAUAGAAUCAUUUAACACUCUGAAGUUUGAGGACAUUUAGAUGUUUCAUUGUCCAAAUACCUGAGUUCAAAAAUGUAUCUGGUCUCCUGAAGAGACUCUGUUUGCCAGGGCAGGACUGCUUCUAUCACCUUUCUCUCCUGCUUGCAUUGGGUGUGUCAUACUUGAUUUUCAGUAACAGGGCUGUGAGCACUUCAUUGUCAAGCCUGAUGGCAGAGUAUCACUCUGUCAUUUUUUUACUUCAGAAGCUGCUAAUCAGUGAUGCAGAGGGUGACUCAAUUCUUUAUCCUCAGUGAAUCAAUCCUGUUUACGAACAAGUGUGCCUGUGUCACAGAGAUAUAUAUAAAUCAGUCACAAAAGGCUGGAAGCAUUUUAAAGCUUUCCAAACCGACUUAUACAUAGUCAAUGCAUAUUCUGAGUUUCAUGAUAAGUAAUGCUUCAGUUCCUGCUCUUUUGUUCUUACUGUGUACUUCACGUAUUUGUAUAUGAUUGCUUGAAAAUCACAAGGCUACAGCUACCUCAAAUCACAGUUUUACCCCUGUUUCUUUUCUCUCAUGGUAUAAAUUACUAAGUAGUGUACUUCAUCAACUCUAACAAGAAUAAGCCAUAAAAUCUCUUCCCCCAACAAUUUUAAAACUUCCACCAGCAGUUUUUUUGAAAUUUGUGCUUUAUGUGGUCUUCUUCUCAGUCUAGAAAAGAACUAACUUCGAUGGAAAUAUGUAGAAAUUAUGCUGAAAUAUUUUAGCAAUAUAGCUUUAUUUAACAUAGAGUUGAAAUAAUAAAAAAAUAGGAAAGUCAGUUUUUCUUUCCUUGCCUUUCUGAACGUGCACACAGCUGGUAAGUUUGCAUAAUGGUCUUAGUAAUUGAGAGAAAUAACUUCACCAACAUACCCAAGGUCCAAAUAUUGUAAAAUAUUGAUGUAUUAAUUUUACAGUUUUAUGGGAAAAAAAUACGAGAUUUAUCCAAUAGCAAGGGUACACUCUUCAAUACCAUAAAUUCCCACUAGAUGGAAGCACCUUAGCUACUAUAACAGAAGGAAGUACAACAGUUUAAAACACAUGCCAUGGAAAAGUAUCAAUGCUGGAAGAAUUUUGAGGGAAACGUUUUAUUUUGCCCAGAUUCAGCUAUCAGCUAAAAAUUAAAAAUCACAGAAAUAGAUACUAUGAGCCAUAUGAGCCAUCUAAUAAAACUCAGUGUCAAGCAGCUGUGCUGGUGUCCUUGGGUUUAUAUGUAUGCUGUAUGCUGCAGCUUUGGAAUUCUUUUGGAAGCCCUGCAGAAUUCAGAACACAACAAAAAUUUUCUCUAAAUCCCAUUUAUAUUUAGUCAUUAUAUCAAAAAAUAUUUCCAAAGUAAAUGGAUAGAUUCUCUGCUUGAAGAAUUUCCCCUUCAAUUCAAGGUUUUAUGCAGCUUUCAGGUAUGUUAGCUAUUACAAAGGUGAUUUUUCUUGACUUUUCUUGACUUUUCUUGACUUUUCUUGUUCUGAAUAGAAAUUUAAGUGACUAGCUUAACAAACAUGAUCAGUCACUGUCUUCAUAAUGCUUCCAUCCUACAAACCUCAUGUAACAUUUCACAGGAUUAUUAGUAACCAAAAAUUUUGAUCUCUGCUAACUUGUAUUAAUGGGUUCAUCCUUGCUCCAGGUGGCAUUCCCCCACAGGCGAUGAUCCCUCAGUGCAUCACUGACAAAGUGGAUAACAUCAGAAAGGAAAAUAAAAUAUAGAAGUCAGCCUUCAGAACCUUUUUCACUUAGAGAUGUGAUUUUUUUAGAUAUUAUCAAUGAAUCUUCAUGUGGAUUCCUUAGAGAACAUUGCUGACAAGGUGGCAUUUAAAAAAGAGGUAUUUUUAUUUGAAAAUAUUUUCCCAACAAAAAUCUGUUCCUUAGCACUUUGAUUUCUAUAAGUGUGUUCUGCAAGUACCUUGUUUUAAGACUAAAAAUGGUGGAUUUAACUAGAAAAAGGAAAAGCAAUAGGAGAAUGAUAAAAAUGAAUCUGUAGGAUGAAGAAAUAUGAUGAAAGGCUGCCUUCAGUGGCUGUUGGAGUAGAAGGAAAUCACUGUUUGCACCACUAGCUUGUGCUACUAUACCUAGAUGUUUUAAGUGGCAAUGAAAUGAGAAGGGAUUGAUGCCACAGUCAAAGAGCUAUGGAACUACCCUCCUCUUUACAUGCCUUUAAAUGCCUUUACAAUUUUGGCAGUUUCACUGUGAGAUUGACAACGUUAAUAAAUGUGAUAGUGCAUAAAGCAAACAAAAAGGGAACUAUUCUUAACUUGAAAACUUACUGAAUGCUGGUUUUUUAGUGAUACAAGGGAGCUCGCUCGGUUUUUUAGUGAUACAAGGUAGGUUCCUUGUGAAGUCUUUCUAAUGCUUUAAUUUCUUUUUUAUGAAAACUGCCUUAGAAUUUCAAGGAAUAAUUACAUCUAAUAGAGCUUUAGCUCCUUUCAAUGAUACAAUGAGUUCAGAGAUAAGCUAACCAUAUUCCAGUCUUCCAGAUAUUUCCUUCUAUUUAGUUGUGUAGGUUCAAACAUGACAUACUUUUUGAAGCAAGAUUUUGAAACAGUCUUGACAUAGCUUAGCUGGUAAGACUUCCAGAAGAUACAAAAUUACUGUGAACACUGUCAUUUCAGAGCAGAUUUGCAUUUGUGCUUAAGCAUUGUAUGUAUUGGUUUUGACAGAAAUCACUAAAUUUCUGUUUGAAAAAACCUGAAUGUUCCUGUCAUGUUGAACUCCACCAAACCAUGUUGUGAAAUCUUAACAGACAAAUUUUCUAAACUAUUUGUUCUUUUUCAUUACUUUGAACAUUGUCCCUGCAUAUUCUGGUGGGCAAACAGGAACAUGCAUGGAAACCUAGCUUUAUGAAUGGGAGUUUAUUAAAUGAGAGUGUUCAUGUUCCUGAUUAGGGGAAAGAUUUGCAAUCCAUUAUGUUUUCCUCCCUCUGCCAGCCCUCUGCCCCUCCUCUUGCCUCACCCGAGACACCCCCACCCCCGAAGGCAGUCUCUGCAGGUGAGGCCCCAGCCCAGCCCGGGCUGACACUGGGCGCUGCUGCAGAGAGAGGUGGGGCUGCCACAGCUCCCUCCACCCUUCCCCAGACCCGAGUUCAGCUGCUGCUGCUGCUGCUCUGCCAGUGGCAGAGUCCUCCCUGUGCACUGUAACCUCGGCAUCCUCGGAGCAUCCAGCAGCUGCCAGGCACUUGCAGCCCUCUCAUGAAUGUCUUUCUUUAUCUCCAAGUGGCUGACUUCUGUUUUUCAAGGCUACUGUUUUCCAUCUCCUUGCUUAAAUACUGUAUCUUCUUCAAGUAUGGAAUUUGUAUGGAAACGAUGGUGGUAUCUUCAGCUGGGCUGUAUGUUAUUAGUGAAUUUGGUUUAUGCCAAUCUAGAGUAUCAAAAAGAAACUCCUCCAAGCUUGCGUGAGAUUGACCAUCAGUGCUGGGAGGUAUCGUCCCAUGGGCUGGUGGAAAUGAAGAAACUCAAGGUGGCAGAUACAGUCAUUGCUCUCUGGGACUUCAUGAUGUUCCUAAAGGAAUCCCCUAAGCCCAAGCACAAUGAACUCUUCAAUGAUUUAGCCCAGAACUUCUGGGAUAUGUAUGUAGACUGUGUGCUCUCAAGAUCCCAUGGAAUGGGCAGAAGACAAUUAACAUCUCCCAAAUAUUCUUCCACAUACUCACACAGAACUUUAGAAGGGUCUGCUUUCACCAAUCCAUUUUAGGCCAAAAGGGGAGAAAAUGAAGAUCCUUAAAAAAGGCAACAUCAAAAUGAAGGAGUACAAAGGAGUACAAUGUGUAUUGUAGAUGUUUGGACAAAUCUUUUGGCAUGGUGCAACCCUUUUUGUUUUCUUUUCUUUUUGUAUAAAGUACUUAAUCACUCCUAAACUUAUAAGUACAUGAACUCCCACACUAUCCCUUUUGCUUUCCUGUCUUGCAGUCUACUAAGCUUGCCUUUUCCUCCCUCCAUGUGUGAAUGUGUUCUGAGUCAACACCUUUGUUUUCCCAUAUAAACUUUAAAGUCUGGAUGUGUCAUAUUUUUGCAGAGUCUUGUAUUUUCCAAUAAUUCUCUUUUUAAAAGUUAAUUUUGAUGGAAACCCGAAGUAUUUUUAUACAUUAUUCAACAGAGAAAAUGUGAACAAAUUUAUUUUAUACAUUGUCUUGCACAUACUAUUAACCUUAAGAACUGGAAAAAAAAAGGAAGAGGUGAGACAUUAAGUUAAAGGGAAGGAUUAUGCUCAUUGUAAUGUCCUGUGCAGUCUAGACUUUGUAUUUUAUCAUUGCUUAGUCUAAGCUAUGGAUUAAUUAAAAUAUUUUUCUAAGCAGCAAGGUCUGAAUAGCGGUAGUUUUCUUGUCCAUUAACCUGUUA